ACUCUCUACGGUGAAGCCUCAAUCGCCAUUUUGAGUCAAUUGUUGUUUCCGCAUUUUGCUUGCGGUUACCGUUUUGUAAAUGCGAAUAAUGCCAAAAAUCUGAGUUAGUUAUGAGGACUUAUUAAUUUGUGGAAAGUUUUAUAGAUAACAGUGAUAAUGGGUGACGAAUAUAUGGAUGCACAGGACUCUAUUAUGAGCGAAAUGCAAAAUCGCGGUAAUGAAAUAGGCGAUCCGCCUGGUGGUGAUGUUCCUAAGGAGUUUGCUGAUAUGAUGGGCUACGAGGAUGGAGGUUAUGAGGACGAAGACGGUAGCUUCAGAGGAAGCAGAGGACGCGGGAAUUUCAGGGGAGGCAGAGGUCCCCCUCCAGCGUGGAUGAACGGUCCACCUCCGCCGAUGAGGUUCCGAGGGCGCGGCUAUGGUCCCGGUGGCCCUCCUAUGCGAGGACGGGGCUUUUUUCGAGGCCGUGGUGGACCACGUUUCGGUCCAAACAAUGGCCCUAAUUUCGAUAACAACUGGGGUCCGAUGGGUCCUCCUCCACCGGGUAUGAUGGGAGGACCUCCACCCUUUGGCCCUCCGCCCGGAAUGAUGCCUCCAGGUGGACCAAUGGGACCACCACCUAAUAUGAUGGGACAACCGCCUCCGUUUGGCGGACCACCUGGGAUGCCUCCACCAAAUAUGCCAGCACCGGAAUUAUGGGUAGAGACGAAAUCUGAAGAUGGCAAAUCUUACUACUAUCACGCGCGUACUCGCGAGACCACAUGGACCAGGCCACAGGAGAGUCCCACUGUGAAGGUGAUCACUCAAGCUGAGAUGGAAGGGAUGGCCGCCACAGGUCAGUUGGGUGGAAUGGUAGGAGGUGGGAUGCCAAUGGGGGCGCCCAUGGGAGGGCCAAUGGGCGUGAUGCCCAACGGGAUGCCGCCCUCUCAUCCGCCUUUCAUGUCGCAACCGCCACCGUGGAUCAAAGAACCGCCCAACCUUAACGUUCCCCCUCAGAAACAGGAUAAGCCGGACGACAUGGGACCAGAGACUGAUGAUAUGCCCCCCGGCGAGGCGGCGCCUGCUCAACCCCCCAACGGCAUGGGUGGUGGCAACGGCCCGGGCUUCCCGCCGGGAGGGUUCCCUCCCGCGUGGGGUGGAUGGGGGUGGGGGGCCCCGCCCUUAGGUCACCCGCCCCCUGCCCUACAUCCUACUCCAGGACCAGGACCUGGACCAGGCCCCGGUCCAGCACUCACCGCAGGUGUUCCUACUCAGUUACCGGUGCCUGAAGUAUCCGAACCGAGUCUAUCUCCGAAACCGGCAGCUACGGUCAUUCCACCGGAUGUAAUAGCUCGUGCAGAGGAAUGGACUACCCAUAGGGCUCCAGACGGUAGACCUUACUACUACAACGCGGGCAAACAGGAGAGCGUGUGGGAAAAACCAAAACCACUCAAGGAACUCGAGGAGUUUCAAGCCAAAAUAGCUGCGGAAAAGGGAGAGAAAAUAGAUAAGAAGAAAAUAGACAAAAUCGAGAUUGAUGAGAGCAAAAUCGAAGUAAUAGACGUGGAGGCGCAUGCGGAAGCGGUAGCAGCGGCGGAAGCGGAGCGCGAAAGAGAGGCGGAACGCGAGCGUGAACGAGAACAAGAAGCUGAGCGCGAGCGAGAGAGAGAGCGCGCCGAGAAGGAGAAGGCGGAUAGGGAGAGAGCGGAGAAGGAGAAGGCGGAGAAAGAGAAGGCUGACAAGGAGAAAGCGAAACAGGACAGAAGCAGACCUAUAUCCAGUACGCCGAUAUCCGGCACGCCAUGGUGUGUGGUAUGGACGGGUGAUGGUCGCGUGUUCUUCUACAAUCCUACCGCACAUUCGUCUGUUUGGGAACGUCCCGCUCAACUAAUAGGACGAGCAGAUGUUGAUAAAGCUGUAUCACAUCCGCCCGCCGCGUUGUUGGAGUUACACCGUAAAGAGUCACAAGCUGCCGGUGGUACGGCGACGUCAGGCGGUGGAACUAACGGUGAAUUGAAGCGCGCCGCUGAUUCUGACUCCGACUCAUCAGAUGCCGAUCCACCAAAGAAGACCAAACAGGAUGAAAGCGCGAGCAAGAAGCUCCCCGCGAGCAUAACCGGCGGCAGCGCCGGCAUCAGCCUCGGCGCCGAGGCGGCGGUGGAGGCGGAGAUGCGCGCGGCCCGCGAGCGCGCCGUCGUGCCGCACGAGCAGCGGCUGCGCGCGUUCCUGAUGAUGCUCCACGAGAAGGACGUGUCCGCGUUCAGCGCGUGGGAGAAGGAGCUGCACAAGAUCGUGUUCGACCCUAGAUACUUGAUGCUGGACGCGAAGGAGAGGCGGCAGGUGUUCGAUCAGUAUGUACGUGACCGCGCGGAGGAAGAGCGCAAGGAGAUGAAGAAUCGUUUGCAACAGAAGAAGACCGCGUUCAGGCAACUCAUGGAGGAAGCUAAGCUACACUCAAAAUCAUCGUUCAAUGACUUUUCGUCGAAACACGGAAGAGACGAACGGUUCAAGGCAAUAGAGAAGCCUCGUGAUAGAACCACUUACUUCAACGAAUAUCUAGCGGAGGUUCGCAAGCGAGACAAGGAGGAGAAGGAGCGCAAGCGAGAACAGGCAAAGAACGAGUUCAUCGCUCUCCUAAAGGAGAAGACUGUGGAUAGGCACGCCCGUUGGGCGGACGUCAAGAAGAAAGUGGACUCUGACGCCAGAUACAAAGCUGUGGAAAGUAGCACGUUGAGAGAAGACUACUUCAGGGAGUACUGUAAGCUGGUCAAAGAGGAGAGGAAGAAGGAGAAAGAUGUAAAGGAGAAAGAUCGCGAGCGCAGCAGUAAAAAGGACAAGAAAGACAAGGAACGCGACAAAGAUAAAGAAAAGGAAAGAGAUAAGGAUAAGGAAAAGGAUAAGGACAGCAAGAAGAAGAAAGAGAAAGGAGAGCAGAAGGAACCAGCACCCGUACCCACGGAAGAGACGGAAGAAGCGGAACCAGAAGAAUCGGACGCGCAAGAAGAGGAGGCCGCGAGGGAGAAGGAGGCGCGCGCGCAGGCCUCCAUCAAGGAGAGGGAGAGAGAAGUCCAGCGGGCACUCGCCACCAGCCUUAGAGAUAGAGAUAAGGAGAGAGAGUAUCAUAAAAGAGACGAGGCUGUACAGCAUUUUAACGCUCUACUUGCCGAUCUGGUGCGCAAUCCGGAGUUGGCUUGGCGUGAUGCUAAGAAACAACUGCGGAAGGAUCAUCGAUACAGUCUCGCUGAACUACUCACCAAGGAGGACAAGGAACGCUUGUUCGGCCAACACACUUCCUCAUUGGCCAGUAAGCGUCGCGAUAAACUUCGCUCGUUGUUGAGUACGCUGGGCGUUUCUUGUACCGCCCACUGGAGGGACGUACGCGCACAACUAGAGAAACAUCCGAACGCGCCCACCUACACUAGUGUGUCACAGAUGGAGCGCGAGUUCCGUGAUUAUCAGCGCGACAAACAGAGCGCGGCUAAGACUGCGUUCAGACAGCUGCUGUUAGAGACCAGGUCUAUAACACACAAGAGUCACGCGGCCGUUAAAGAAAACGCAGCCGCGCUACAAAAUAUACACCAGACGCUGAAACACGACGCCAGGUAUCUGGCUUUGGAACAUAUACCGGAGGAGCGGGAGAGUAUGCUGACGUCGUAUUUAGAGGAGCUCGACAAGAAGGGCCCUCCCCCGCCCCCCACCGCCACGGAACCGUCGCGACGAUCCAAACAGUGACAGGAGCCGUUAAUUGACGUAAACCAAAUAGGAACUGAUUAAGUGUUGCACGCGGUGAACUCUACACACUUACACACACACGCACACACACAUAUUUUAAAUACUUAUGUGUAACACUUUUUUGGACAAAUUUUUACUUUCAAAAGUUGUCACAGAAAAUAGUUUAUCAUUUUUAUAAACGCAUUCUUCGAAACGGUGAAAAUAAAACUAGUAAUUCUGUAGAAGUAGAAUCAAAAACGUAUAUUACUCCAAUAACGGAAAAACACAAAUACUACAAUACAUCUCGCCAGAUGGCGAUACUAUAUUUGACGUGUUUCUGUUACUUCUUGAACCGGAAAUGAUGACAUCAAAAUCUUUUACACGUAAUAAUAAAAACUAAAAUUUAGAUGUAAAAAGAAACACGUAAAAAAUAGAUAAAUACUUAGUUAUUGAAUUUGUAAUACUGAAAUUUCAUCAAGCAUUUGAAUGUACUAAACUAGUAUUCGUAAUAUUUCUUGGUUCUUUCAAUUAUUUUCAUCCCUUUUUAUAUUUUUAAAUAAACAAGUCUGUUUACUGUUCCAAUAUAAGUUAUUUUUGUAUGUCAUACUACAUAAUACUUAUUCAGAUUGAAAGGCUGUGAUUUCUAUAGAAAAAAUUGCAAAUUAUGAAUUAUAUGAUUACGAAAUGAAUUACUUUUUCAAGUAAAAGAAAGUUUUAUUGUACCAUUUUGGUAGUAAUACGUGUUUUUCCUACUAUGAUGUAGAUAAAAAAUAAUAAAAUUGUCGAAUCAUAAUUUCCUUAAUAAAUUUGCUAGGUAGGCUAUAAUUUGUUGGAGUUGAUCAUAAUUACCUUGCGUGUCUGUGUAUAGGGUUAUUAGGGUCAUUUAUGUGGGUAAUAUUGGUCAUAGUGUAAUAAGAGAUGACCGCGUGUGACGUCAAAAUGUAUAUUUUGAGUCAUAUUGUGUGUAAGAGUGUGUAAGUUUAGGUAUUAAUUUUUAUGAAAUGAGAAAUAAAAUUCAUUGAAUCC